AUGGCAAGGGUGGCGGCGCGUGCAACUCACUGUAUGCUUGGAGCUCAAAAACCAGAUGUUUUCAGUAGAGAAGCCGGUGCGGUGGUUCCGGUUCCAAAAGUCAAGUCUAGUGAAGCUGAGAAUGGGAAGAUAGUGUUGCAACCAAGGCUGUGCACCCUGAGGUCGUACGGUCAGGAUGGAUAUGGGGUGGUGAAGAUUAGUCCGAGAAAGGACGGAGGAGAUCAUGAAAAGGUGGUGUCUCCGUUUUUUGAAACUUUAUCGGAGUAUAUUGAAAGUUCUAAGAAAAGUCAGGAUUUCGAGAUCAUUUCUGGUCGACUUGCUAUGAUUGUGUUUGCAGCAACAGUGACAACAGAGGUGGUUACUGGAAAUUCUGUGUUUAGAAAGAUGGAUUUACAAGGAAUUGCCGAAGCAGUAGGAGUAUGUUUGGGCGCUGUUACUUGUGCUGCAAUUUUUGCUUGGUUCUCUAGCGCUCGCAAUAGAGUAGGCCGUAUCUUCACGAUUGGCUGCAACACUUUUAUUGAUUCACUGAUAGAUGAGAUUGUUGAUGGCCUUUUCUACGAAAGCGAGCCCAGUGAUUGGUCUGAUGAGAUUUGA